UAUUUGCUUUUUCCAAAUUCUCCAAUAUUUUAGCACUCUCACCUUCUCAAUCACUCAACACUCUCUCUUCUCCCAAUUCCCUCUCUCUCUCCAAUGGCGAUUUCAUAGUCUUCUCUCUCUCCCUCUUUCUCUCUCUCUCCCUCAUCUAGCCGGAAACAAUGGUGGUUUCCGACGAUCAUCACAGCUCCGACACCUCUCUGUUCCACAGUCUCAACUCCAAGACGCCAUUUCUCGGGCUAAGACUCUACCUUGUGAUCGGACUAUGCUUUGUUUGCCUAAUUAUAGUGUUCGUUUUGAUCCUUCUUUGGCUUCGUUCGAAUCGAAGCUCGAAACGCCGAGGAAUGCGCGUGAAGCACAGUUCAGGCAUGUUACCUCUGUUCUGCAAGGAUGUUAGCGAAAUCAAGGACUCGGAUCGAGCUGAGAACUGUAAAAUUGGGGAAUUGGAGAGAGAGAACAAGGCAAUUGGCGAGAUCGGGAUUGAUCAGAUUGAGGAGAAGAAAGGGAGUUCUGAGAGCAACGUGUCAGGUGGAAGCCAGAGCGAAACAACGACGUCGUCGUCGGCGGUGUCGGCGGAGGGGAUGAACAUCGGGUGGGGGCGGUGGUACAGCUUGAAGGAACUGGAGAUUGCGACGCGUGGAUUUGCUGUUGAGAAUGUGAUCGGUGAAGGUGGUUAUGGUAUUGUAUACAGAGGUGUUUUACAUGAUGCCUCUGUGGUCGCUGUGAAAAGCCUCCUCAACAACAAGGGGCAGGCAGAGAAGGAGUUCAAGGUGGAAGUAGAAGCAAUUGGAAAAGUAAGGCAUAAGAAUCUGGUGGGUCUAGUUGGGUUUUGUGCAGAAGGUGCUAGAAGAUUGCUCGUGUAUGAGUACAUAGACAAUGGCAAUUUGGAGCAAUGGUUACAUGGUGAUGUAGGGCCUGUUAGUCCUCUAACCUGGGAUAUUAGAAUGAGGAUUGCAGUUGGGACCGCAAAAGGACUAGCCUAUUUGCAUGAAGGAUUAGAACCCAAAGUUGUGCACCGUGACGUAAAAUCCAGUAACAUUCUUCUGGACAGAAAAUGGAAUGCAAAAGUAUCAGAUUUUGGACUGGCCAAGCUCUUGGGACCCGAGAAAAGCUAUGUCACUACGCGAGUGAUGGGAACAUUUGGAUAUGUCUCUCCAGAGUAUGCCAAUACAGGUAUGCUCAACGAGGGGAGUGAUGUAUAUAGCUUUGGAGUUCUGCUCAUGGAAAUAAUUACAGGAAGGAGUCCAGUUGAUUAUUCGAGAGCACCUGGAGAGAUGAACUUGGUUGAUUGGUUUAAAGGAAUGGUAGCAAGUCGACGUGGGGAGGAGGUUGUGGACCCCCUGAUUCAAGUACAACCCUCUCCAAGAGCUUUGAAGCGGGUAUUGUUGGUUUGCCUUCGCUGUAUAGAUUUGGAUGCUAAUAAGCGGCCAAAGAUGGGGCAAAUUGUACAUAUGCUGGAGGCAGAUGAGUUUCCUUUCCGAUCUGAACCGCGCACAAUCAAAGAGACAGCUCCUCUCCGUUCCGAGGCCGCUGUUACUAGUAAAGUUCCGGUUGCAUCAAAGGAUGUGGUGGGUGGCGACGCCCAAAGGUCGAAAUGGAGAUGAUUAUUUUCUGCUCAGGACACGGCAUGGGAAGGUAAAAUAUUUUUGUACCUUGUAUUUUUUUUUUCUUAUCUACAUGGAGGAAUUGCAUUGUUGCUCAUUCUAUAGUCCUUGAAAACAUUUUUUUGUUAUAUGAUCUAUGUUAUAAGACUUUCAACAGAACCUUGUAAAUAUAUAUGUUUGAUUUCCAUGUUA